GCUUUUUACUCACAUGAAUGGCAAGGAGCAUUUUUAAUAUAUAGUGUAUUUCAGAGAAAACAAAGUUCAGAUAAAUUUCUGCACAUUUGUGGAGAAAAAUAACAUAUAUCAGAAAAUUCCAACAAUAGCCAUGGAAAGCCUUAAACAUAGGAACAGAAGUGAGGCGGUUUUUAAAUCAGCAGCUCCAGAUAGCCUGCAUCCAAGAAUUUUAAGAGCUGGCAAAGGCACCUUGUGUGCUGUUAAUGUGGAUUUUCCAUAAGCUCUGAGAAAUCUGGGGAAGCUCAGAAAAAAAAAAGAAAAAAGAAAAAUCUCAAAGAAAGCUGAGGUAAUGCCAAUACUAGGAAUAUAAGUAAGAAAGGAACAAAUUCAGGAACUUACGGUCAACCUCGCCUUAAUCCUAGGGGGGAAAAACCAAACCCAAACCAACUACUUCAUACAGAAACAAGAAAUAAAUGAGCAAAUUGUACUUAAAUUACACAGCUUAAAUCUAUGGAAAACUUAUAUUUUUGUAAUUACUUUUUUUUUUUUUCUCACACAAUUACAGCAUUUGUUUGGUAGACAAUAGGAACAGUGUUGAUAUAACACAUUUGUAACAUUGACUAUUUCAGCAAGACACAAAGAAACUGGCACAGUUCUGCACAUACAGUUCAUAGCAAGCAAAUUAAAACUAAGGCUACAGGACCAUGUCAGUCAGACAUAUUUCUAAUUGAAUCCCACAGGAAUUAGUUCUUGGCAGCAAAGUACUCAGUAUUUUAUCUGGAAAUAAAGUUUACAAAGAACAUUCAUAAAAGCUCUAAGUAAAUAGUGAAGUAAGGCUGCUGAUUGGGAACCAUCUGGAUUACUGGAAAACUAAGUGCUUCAGCAUGAUCACUGUGAGGUCAUGUAUUUAAGAGUGAUGAAUUUAAAACACUUAUAGAUGGAAAACUUCCUCAGGAAGUAGCUGGAAUAGCUGGUAACAGAAUAAACAUGGGUUCCUUCAGUACGAGUUCAAAAAUUGUAUAUAUGUAAUUGUUAAAUGGCCCAGAACCAAAUGAUGUUUUCAUUGCAGGGAGGAAGAGACAAGAGAAACGUGACUAUCAUCAAAACAGAUUUCUCAAGUACUGAUCUCCAUUGGCAAAAGAUAUUGCUGCAUUUCAGGAAACAGCAACAGGAUGACAACUUCUGUAUCCACAUUUCUUUGAGCUGCUUUAUCAGAAUACAGCCUCCAGUACUUUCAAAGAAGAUGUAAGUAAAUUAGAGAUUUCGAAGAGUACAAAUAAUCCAAGUGCAAACAAGCCUAAAUAAUGGAACAGUUGGCAUAUACAAACAAUAACAGUUGGCAACUGCAUCACAUGAGGUUUUAGGACCAAGUGAAGACCUCUAAAGCAACUGGUAGGAGAAAAAAAUACACUGAAGUACAGUGUGAUAGCUGAAAGUUCAUCUUAAAAUACCAAGUAAGCUUUCUUGAGUAACUGCAAUAAUAAAUAAGCUUCCAGAGGUGCAGUAGUUAUGCUAACAUUAUACAUGUCUAUGAUUCCUGGGCAGAACUCCAAAUUAGAAUGUAAUUAUUAAUUUUAAAAGACAGUCAUAGUGACCUUACUAUAGGCCAUAAUUUCAAUACAUGUUUCACUACUUCUCCAGUGAUGUAACUUGAAACAGACAUAUUUUCAGCAAAACGCCUGGUUUGGGACUAACAAUUACCACUGUCCAAGCCAAAUCAAAGACAAUGUCAGUAAAAAACAUCCCUCCCAUGGCCAACCUUAACAGAUAAUGGAACUUCCAUAAAUAAAACUAAUUUAAGUUCUUAAAUUUAAGCAUGAAUAGAAUGAGAGCUUUUAUUUAAAACUCCUGCUCUCGCACCUCCACUGUGCAGAAUCACAGACUCAACUGGGCUGGAACAGACCUGUGGGACCAUCGAGUCCAACCUGUGCCCGAGCAGCACCGCGUUAAUGUAAACCAUGGCACACCAGUCUUCCCUUAAACACCUCCAGGAACAGUGCCCACCGUCUCCCUGGGCUGACCAUUCCAAUGUGUUAUCACUCCUCCUGUGAAUAAAUCCUUACUAAUGCCCAGCAUAGUAAGGAUUUAUUCCUGGCACGGCUUAAGACGAUGUCCUCUCGUCCUGUCCCUUUCAGUAAUGAAAGAAGAUAAAAGACCCGAAGGCUCAGACGGGAGCGGGCUCGCUACCAGUGGAAGCGAUAAAGCUUCGCCCGUGCGCCAGGCCCGGCCUUCCCUCCGCAGAACGCCGAAAUGUCCGGAGAAGGCGAGCAGGAGCCCGAGAUGCCCGCGGGACCCGAGCGGGAAGGGGCUGUGUCCCGCAGGACGGCCAAGCCCGAGCAGGGGCACAGCAGCUGCCGGGCCCAGGUCCCGCUGCGCUCGCCAUCAGCCGGACCGCAGGGCCACCAUCCCGCAGGAAGCGGAGCCAGCCCGGCCUGGCCUCCCCGCCCCGGCGCUUCCGCGCCCGGCGGGCGGGUGAAAGGUCCCGCGGCGCCCGGAUGGAGGCGGCGCCGCUCCGCUAUAUAAGCGCCCGCCGCCGGCGCGCCCGCCUCUCCCGCGCCGCCGCCUCCUGGCUCACCGCUGUUCGCUGGGCCCCGCGCCGCCCGAGCCCGGGAAUAAGUCGGUCAGGAAGGCUCCGCUGCCGCCAUGGCGUUUAAAGAUACUGGCAAAGCACCUGUGGAACAAGAGGUGGCGAUUCAUCGCAUUAGAAUUACCUUGACAAGUCGCAAUGUAAAAUCACUGGAGAAGGUCUGUGCUGACUUGAUCAGAGGUGCUAAGGAAAAAAACCUGAAGGUGAAGGGACCCGUUCGCAUGCCCACCAAGACCCUGCGGAUCACUACCAGGAAGACGCCCUGUGGUGAGGGUUCCAAGACCUGGGAUCGCUUCCAGAUGCGUAUCCACAAGCGGCUCAUUGACUUGCACAGCCCUUCUGAGAUUGUGAAGCAGAUCACCUCCAUCAGCAUCGAACCCGGCGUAGAAGUCGAAGUUACUAUUGCCGAUGCCUAAAUGACGGUCGUCGUUGAAUAAAAAUGAUUUGCAAGUUUUCA